CAGUAAUCAGAUGCCAAACCUUAGCUCGUUGUAUGGAGCAGAGCGCACAGCACUCCUGGAGAAGACCACAGAGGAGCUUCUGCCACCUGAGAAACAUCUGUUUGAAGUGCGUGCUGAAAACGACGUCAAAGCCAUCUACCGCGCACUGCAGCGCAUUCUCCUCAACUACAAGGAGGAGCGGCGCGGUCCGACCCUGAUUGCUGUUCAGUCUAACUGGGAGCUGCGCCGUCUGGCAGCUGGCAUGACUGUACUAGAGGAAUUCCCGGUGGUGCCGGUUCAUGUUAUUGAUGAGAUAAGCUACAGUGUACUGGACUGGCAACGGCACGGAGCUCGCCGCAUGAUAAAACACUACCUGAACCUGGACAGCUGCCUCUCACAGGCUUUUGAUAUGGCCAGGUAUUAUCACCUGCCUGUGGGAAAUCUGCCUCAGGACAUUUCUAUAUUUGGAUCAGAUCUAUUUCUUGCACGUCAUCUGAGAAAGCACAACCACUUAUUGUGGCUGUCACCUACGGCACGGCCGGACCUCGGGGGGAAAGAGGCUGAUGACAGCAGACUGGUGAUGGAGAGUGAUGAGAGAGGCUCCAUGGACAUCAAUAGCCAUGGCUGCUACUCCACAG